GAUUUCCGGUGAGUGACCUCGCCUGUGAGUGGCACAGUCAAUGCAUUUGCUCUGACAUUCUUUCUAUGAAGCACUGCAGUGACAGCUGAAGUUGCUUUCCAGAAGUCAUCUCAGCAGAGCUCUGACAGUAUCCAGUACCUUAACUUUCUGAGCACAGGAGAAACCAACCACCUUGAGUUCUUUAAUUUCCUGAAUUUUUCAAGUUGGUGACAAUGGCAACUAAUUUUGGAGUUACCUCAGCAGUGUUUUUCAUCUGGGUUAUGACAUUCAUGGCUCAAAACUACUUUGUAACAGGUUCCAUUCAGUCACUUUGCAGGAUCACAGGUGUAGGACUUUAUCUUGAGAAGAAAGUGAAUUUCUCAGAAGCAAGUAAUGCAUGUGAUCAACUGAAUCUACAAUUGGCAAGUAAAGACCAAGUUGAAAAUGCUUUGAAACAUGACUUUCAAACGUGCAGCUUUGGAUGGGUGAAAGAUGGAUUUGUUGUUAUUCCUCGGACAACACCCAACAACAAAUGCGGUAAGGGCAAAACUGGACUAGUGCGAUGGAACGCUGACCACCUCCAAACAUUUCAUGUCUACUGCUUCAACUCCUCAGAUGUCCAGAUUAAUUCAUGUAAACCAGACCCAACCACAACCACAUUUCCUUCAUCAAGUGCACCAACAGACUCAACGCCACAUUCAGCCUCUGAUUUGACUGAGAACAUCACAGCGGUGCCCACUGUGACCGAGUCAGAGCAGUUCCUGAAAAGCAGAAGAUUCCGUGUCAUUUGUGUCACUGAAACACUCCCAACAGAGGGGAGCACCACAGCACUGCCAGAGGAAUCCUCCACCAGUGACUCUCCCAGCCACACCGCCCGUUCUGCCUUUAAGAACGAUCCCGUCGUCUUCGGAGGUAAAGGCCUGACGAGGCAGUUAUUUAAUCAGAACAGUAUCCCCACUGCACUUCUUGUCCUGGCAAUCAUCUUCUUCGUUAUUUCAGUUGUUCUAGCAGUCUGUUAUAUCAAAAAGUACAAGAAAACCUUCCCAUUUUUAAACAAGAAUCAGCAAAAAGAAAUGGUUGGAACUGUUGCUCUCAAAGAGGCAAAAUUAAAUGACAAAACACCUGAGAAGGAAGCACAGAAUAAUGGAAAUAAAGUAGAAGAGUCUAAAACUAAGCCUGAGGCCACAGUAAAAUGUCUAGAAGCAGAAGUUUAAAGCAAAGAAUGUACAAUUCUUGAUGGAAAUAUGAAAUUAAGCACACAGAACUUUGCAAUGCUUUUAAACUUGGGUGAUUGUGAAUACUCAUGAGUAUUUUCUCUACCUUAACAUAUGAAACCUUGGUUUUUAAUAAUUACAUCUUUGUCUACAAAUAUUCUUGCAGGAAAACGUGGUAUCUUAUUUACUUGAAAUAAAUAAAAAAAUCCAUAUUACAAGCUAAUUUUUCAUCUAUGAUAAAGAAGUAAUUAGGGAUAUGCUAUUAUUGACAUGCACUGUGUUAACUAUUUGCAUUGAAUUCAGAUCAAUAUAUCAUUAAAGGGUUUUUAUAUCCAGCUGGAGGAUGUCUGCUAACUUAAUGUCUAAUAUAAAAUGAUGAUACUGUAGUAAUUCCUCAUGUAGAUUAGCUUAUUUCCACUCAGUAGUUGCACACUGUUUUUAAAAAGUCUGUUUACAAACAGAAGAAAUAUUUCUGUUUACAAGUGAGUGAAAAACCAAAGGGUUAUCCCACUUCAUUCAAAUACCCAAGGAAGGGUACAAAGAUGCUGAUAUCUAUAUAUACAGCAAAGAAUAACUUUCUUAGAUACCUUCAUCCUAUUGUAUUUUAUUUAUUAAAAUCAGUAUCAUCUUCUGCAUCAGAUGUUUGACAGGGGCAGGGAAAAAAGCCUUGAUCGGUAUCUCAACACUUAUAUUUGAGAUAUUUUGUGUAUAUUUAAGUGUGGGUUUCAUAAUAAAGGUCUCAGGUGGUAUGGGAUGUUUACAGUACUUCAUAAAAAAUGAAGUAUGGUAGGUAUGUUUGUCUGGACAAUUUAUUCUCAUGAAAACUGUCUCACAGUAAAAAGGACUCAUAUAACCUUAAUGUUACAGAAGUAAUUAGUUAUAAAAGAACAACACUAGCAAUUUAUCAAAUAUUUUCCUGAACAAACAAUUUGGAUAACUGAUUUUUAUAUGUGAAUGAGAUUAUUACGACAGAGAAAGUUUCUCUUUAUGUCAAGAAGCUUGAAAAACAGUCUUAAAUAAAUUGGCAAUAGAACUGCUCACUAUAUUGUGUUUUCAACAGUGUAGGAUACUAUGAACUUUGACAUUUUUCAUUCAUGUAAAUCCAUGACUCACUAGAUAGUGAGUUAUAGUGUAUUGCUACACUAGAGAGUCCCUGUGUCGCUCAUAUUUUAUGGCCCCAGGAGUCUGGACCGUGGUGACACACAGCCCACCACUGCCAUUAAAGCCUUACUACUGCAGAAAGACUGUGAUUCGGGACUGCUCUAAAAACCCACCCAUUUCAGAUGUCCACGGGCAGAACUUCAGCAGCUAAAUGUGCAGCAGAGGACAGCACUAAAAACACGGCCUUCCCACUCAGAUAAGUAACUGCUUUCCUUGCAAAAUACCGCAGCAGUGCCUUGUGUCUCUCCUGGCAACCUGACUGAAAGCACUCUGAGAGAGCAGGCAGCACCACUGAGGCCAUCAGGAAGAUUCACAACAACACUUGCCAUGAUGGUGCCAGAAGAGCAAAAGGGCUCAAGGACACAGGCAAAGCUAGUGGACUCCAGGUAACAUUUGAUUUUCUUUGUGACAUAUUAUAAUCUCCCUUCUGCCUCUUUUUUCCAUGUUUUAGAGAUUAGAAAUUACCUGUUUCUCUAUUCUUUUCCCCUACCACCAAGGGAUAAUUAUUUACCUCUCACUCUCCUACUAACGUUACCUCUGUUCCACAGAUAGCAUGCUCCUUUUCUCUCAGAUUAUCUCAUUCACACGUAAAGAAAUUUGGAGAAUUGCUCUCUAGUUUCACUCUAACUGGAAGUUUGCUGCUUCUGUUUUAGAGCUAAAUAAGGGUGCUUUUUUCACCCUAAAGCAUUUACUUGCUAAAAUAUCUAUACUAGCUGUUAUAAUAGGAUAUUGCCUUAACCUGUGUCUUGUUUUAUCAUGUACUUUAGAAAUUCAGCUUUCAUCCUGAUCUUCCCACUGACAGUUGACCAAUGCACAUGGCCUGAUCUGCCUC